AACAAACGUCACUUCCUGGUCCGGCACAGGUGAUUAGUAAACGUUGAGAAACAGAAACUCUGGAAAGACGUGACGACUGUGAAGAGAUGGCCUAAAAGAGCCACACACAAGCACACUAAAAGGUGAGCUUUUUUAUUCACUUAUUUUAUGUAGAAUUAUAACAGGAUUUCUAAGGGAGUCAAAAAAGGACGGUUUUAGAGUCAACGGCUGGUUAGCCACGUUAUAUGAACGCAGCUCCUCCAUUCAUGAACCUGCUGACAUUUCAGGUUGAUUAAAGGAACUGUGGGUGACUUAGCAAGCUAAAUAAAGCGGCAGAUCACAGUUGAACUUAUAUGUAAUAACACGAUUGAAACUCAAUGUCUAAAAGAUUAAAUGUAAAUAAAAGACAGCAAAGAAACCAAGUGGAUGUUUAUCAGCGCAUAACAGCUGUAAUGAGGGGCGGCACAGUACACACAGUGAUUAUACCAGGCUGCUAUAGUUGCUUUCUUUUAGAGGAAAAUCACAGUGAGUUUCUGAUUGUUUUGAUUUUGCAGAGAAAACCAGAAAGGGAAAAGUCAUGGCCUGUGCUCGAGUGCCCCUGGAUGAGCAGCAGGUGACCGAGCCCGGCCCUCUGGGGAAAGAACACACACUGCCUGCUCUGGUGAGCUUCAUCAGAUUAUUACAUUCGUUAAAAAAAACACAGGCUGUCAGUGAUAGCACCAAUCUCUAAAAAAAGACCUGUCAAACAGACUCUUACCCCACCUUUUUAUUCCACAUCAGCACCCGGCCAGAAAGGAGGAGCGCUGUUUCGUGCCUUACAAGUCCCCACCUGAGGACGGCUCUCCUGCUGAGGUGGAGGAGUUUCUGGAACAUGCCAAAUUUAUCACAGAGGACCUGGAGUGGCUGCUCGCACUGCCUCAUGACAAGUUUUGGUGUCAGGUGAGGGACUGCAGUUGACUUUACAUCAAUCUGGCUUACAAAAGUUAAAUAGCUUAUAAAUGUUACAUCAUCCUUUGUUCCACAUCAGCAGCUAAAUAGGUUUCAUUUCUCCCUCCAUCUCAUAAAUUUCCUAUCCUGUCCUUCUCCUGCCUCCCCCACCAGGUGGUGUUUGAUGAGUCCCUGCAGAAGUGCUUAGAUUCAUACCUGCAUCAGGCUCCCCGCGGCCUGGACCUCGCCAGCCUGCCCUCCUCCCCAGCUGUGGCUGAUAUGCAGCGCUCCAUCCACAGAGCCGUCUUCUUGACUUUCCUCAGAAUGGCGACACAUAAAGAGUCAAAGGUAGGAGCAGUACAAGUGAAACCUAAAAAAAAGAGGAUACCACUCCACGGCCUUUGACACUCUGUCUCCUUUGUUGUGCUGUGCUGUUUCAUGCACCUCCUCCACAGGAGAACUUCAUCACUCCGGCUGUGUUUGGAGAAAUUAUCUAUGAAAACUUCUUGUUUGACAUUCCCAAAAUUCUGGAUCUGUGUGUGCUCUUUGGAAAGGGCAAUGGCCAGCUGCUUCACAAGAUGAUAGGUGAGCUUCACUCUGAAUGAUCAUUCUCUUUAAUGGGUUACUGUUAAAUUAAUACUAAUAGACAGAUUGUGUUUUUCACCUUUUUUGACCUCUAUUCAUCACUUUUUGCUCCCUCUCUCUUUUAGAGAACAUCUUCACUCAGCAGCCGUCCUACUACAGUGACCUGGAUGAGACGGUGCCAACUGUGUUACAGGUCAGGUUCAACAAAUACAGUUGAAUACUUAUAGGAAAUGUCUUAGUGUUCUUAAGAAGCUCAGUGCUGAAGAGAAGUUAUACUAUUUGGGGCAAACAUUGUGAUGCAACUUGAAAGAUAUACAAAAACCUCUGAACCGUUCUUUAAUUUACCACACCUGUGUCAGUUUGUGUUUAUUCUGCGGUGCAAAAGUAGAACCAGCUUCUCUCCAUAUUGGUCCCAAAAUUAUUCUUAAAAACCUUGAACUUGGUUUGAAACUAUUGUUAGGCAGCAACCCUGUAGAUAUUGAUAGAGUAAGAGUGAGAGAGAGAGUCUUAGAUAGAUUUAUAUUAUAUACCCCAUAUUGUAUUAUUGACCCCAAACUGGAGAAUUGUGGAUUGUCAGGAUAAUCCAUUUGACCUUUCUUGAUCAACAGAUUUAGAAAAAUAAGUAAUUAAGCAAAAAUGUCCUCUUUCCUUUCCUCCCAUCCUCACCUGCAGGUGUUUGACACCAUCCUGAAUAAAUGUGGUCUUCAGUGUGAGGGAGCCACCGCCAUGGAGCCCAUGAAACUGAAUGCACACAAACAGCCUACUGCCAUGACCAUGAGCCAGCAGGUGAGGCAAACACACACAUACAGUUUCCAUAAGAUUCGCUACAAAUACUUGAGACUGAAGGCCUUUCAUCAUCACAAGCAUGUUUCCUUUUCUUAGCAGCACAAAUAUUGCCAUCACCAAAGCCUUAAAUGUGUCACCAGUGCUUUAAAGCUGCAUGUAAUAGAAGUGAUAAGGCACAUUUUGCAGGCAGAAAAUUUUAAUCAUGACCAGGGGUCAGAAUGUUAGCUUUUGGCAUCACUCUAGUAUGAUGAAACCCAAACACAAAUGUGUGAGCAGGAAGGAUCCUUCUUUUUCUUCCAUGAGUCAAUUUUUACCCCAGUUGACACCAAUGUCGAGUCAUUUAUCUCGUCACUGUCUGAUGAUUGCCGAGAGAUUCAGUUCAAAGUUCAUAUCGUCAUGAAGGUCAGCAGCAGCUUUAAAUCAGGCCACUUCAAUAACUGACAGUCUGAUCAUACAGUGCCUGUUUUUCUUUUGUCUCUCAGGAACUUGUAGACCUUAUUCUGUACCUCUGUGACUCCACCACCACCAUUCAUGCCUUCCUGGACAUCUUCCCUGCCGCCUGCACCAGCUUUCACUCCCACGGCUUCCUCGGCAGGUAAGCAGACAAGGUGAAACAGGCGUGUCACAGCCCUACUUCUACUGAACUUCUCUGUGAUGAUUUAAUUUUCUGCACCCGCAGACUGACCUUGUUUUAUGAGACCGCUGUGCCUGACCUUGAGAAGGCAGUGAGGAAGAGAAACUUUGAUGAUAAAAGGUGAGCCUGUCCUGGAUCUGACAUUAAAACUACCGGCCUACUUGCUAAAUAAAGUAAAGAGUGAGCAUCAUUAUUAAUCUCCUCAACUGUCCUUCAGUCUUCAGGACGACUUGUGGAAGAGGUUGUCUCACUCCUGCCGCAAGAUGGUGGAGAUGACUCACCUGCUGCUGAAUCACGCCUGCCUGCAGCCCAUCCUGGAGGGGUGAGACCUCAAACCAUCAACAUGCAUCACAGCAGACAAACUUGAACAUGCACUUUUUGGUGUAUAAAUGGUGAUGUAUGGUUUCUGUUUUAAGGGGAGAAAACACGAUGUCAUUCGCAGAAGAGCUCCUUCAACACUUCACAUCCUUUCUACCUGAAAAAAGGUACAACGUCUUACUGAGAUCACAGCGCUUCUGAGCAAUUUCACAAUGAAUUGCCUUUUUUUUUUAAGUGUCUGACAGAGGGUUUCACUUUCUUUCAGGUUUUUGUCAGACUACGAUGAGCAGUUUCCCAUCGCAGAUGACAUUAGCCUCUUGCAGCAAGCCCUCCCUGUCAUGUAUCCUUUGAAAUUUGACAAAAUUACCCUUUAAAAAGUUUUGUUUUAAAUGAAUUAAGUAUUUCCCUGUUGAUCAGCAGAGAUAGUUCCUUUCCUUAACCUCCCUCAGUGAUGAGACCCGGACUUCCUACCUGCUCCAGGGGGUGGAGAGCGCCUGGGACAGCGUGGGUCGACGUAAACCACAGAGUCAGAUUCAUCCAAAGACAACAGCAGCACAUUGGGGAGCAGCUGGUGGAGCUGCUGCUUCUGCUUCAGCAGGAUUCAAACCUCAGGAGGUCAGAGAGGCAGAAGGAGGGCGAGACAGUCCGAGGGGAGCAGAGGCCAUGGUGGAUGUUCCUCAAAAAGGAAACAAUGUGAGUUUUGGGAUAAUUGGAGCUCAUUAUGAGGAGGUUAGAACAGCUCAGUGUCCUUGACUCUUCAUCACAGGGUUUAAUGUUUGACUCUAAUAAAUGAUAACUUUCCAAAUGAAUUGAACUGUUGAUCUUUUUGCCAUUAUCUGACAAAGAAAAGCCUCAACUGGGAAAUUUAUUAUUAUUUUUUUGUUUUGAUUUAAGGAUACUCAAUUCAUUUCCUGUUUAUCCUGUUAUCUACGGUAACUGCAGCUGCUCUAACAUUUGAACAGCUAAAUAGGCGAAAUAGCUGCAAUAUUUUGUGAAAAAGUUUAUUUUCUGUAAAAGAGUUUGUAGGAAGUAUAGUCAGAUGACUCACUUUGACUGUUUUUUCAAUCCUUGUCUGUGUGUGCUCAGGGCGCUGUGUGUUCAGUGAGCGGCGCCGAGCUGGAGUCUCUGCUGUCAUGUAUCCGGGAUCUUCUUCCCGAUCUGGGUGAAGGUUUUCUGCUGGCCUGUCUGAAGGAGUACAACUACAACUCUGAGCUGGUCAUCAACAACAUCCUGGAGGACCGCUUGUCUCCAAAUCUGGACAAACUGGAUCGAGCCAUGCCACGGUAGAAAGCUAGAUUUUUCUUUGUGGGUGGGGUUGGCUCUUCUAGAAUCUUAGAAACCUGAUGCAUGAAUAAUUUGGAGUGAACUGGAUGAUAUAAAAAGUGAAGCAUAAAACACAUCUCUCUUUUUUGUUUGUUUGUCAGGCCGCCAAAGGAGGAACCUGCGGAUGUUUUAAACACCAGAUCAAACGUGUUUGAUGACGAUGAGUUUGACGUCUUCCGCAGGGAUCAGGUGGACAUGUCCCGCAUCUGGAAGGGCAGGAGGUGAGAGCACAAAGGAGAUCAAUAAAAAUGUAUUGAUUUAUUCUAGGUGUUAUCUCUCUGUUUGCCACCACACUCUGAGCUCAGGUGUAAAAAAUCUCCUUGUUGGUUCUUUUGCAGGAAAGGUGAAAACGUCAGAGAAAUGUUGAAUGACAAGCAGCACAUAGAGGAGCAGAAAGCUCGUUAUCAGGCCUACGAGACAGUGGUGGACGAGGUCGUCAUCCCGCCUGGUGAGAGCGCAGCCGCCUACGGGUUAGAUGACUAUGACGACGAGUACGAUGACACGUACGACAUGAACCAAGUGGGAGCGAAUGACCUGGAUGGAGACAGUCUGCUGAACAGACGGUAAAAAUGAGACAUUACUCUUUUGGGGUUUGUUCUUCCCUUCUGAACUUUGCACUUUCAGAUUUUUGACUUUUUUCUCUGGAGAUAAACGUGUCACUCUUUUUUUUUUUCCUCCAGGCCUUUUACAAUCCCUCAGGUGCUGAGGAAAGGAAACAAACAAGAGGAGGAGGAGGAAGAAGAGGAGGACGAGGAAGAGGCAAUACCGGUACUGACAUCAGUCUGAAUCAGCAGAUCAGACUUAACAGGAAAAAUAAUCAACUUGCAUUUUUACCAUUUUUGAAGUUAUGAAAAGAGUUUACUCUGAAGUUUUACCCUCAAAUCUUCCUCUGCAUAUAAAAAAAACUAUUUUUAGCACACUGGUAUAUUUAUACAUGACCUCAAAGUACUAUUGUUGACAGUACAAGUGCUGUUUUUACAUACCUAAACUUGUUUUUUGUAGUCAUACAACAACAUCCAAUAAUUUAAACAUAUGGCAGUAAUGAAAAUGAUAAUUAAAAUAUGAAUAAUACAGAAGAGGUAAAUAAAUAAAAUGUCCAAAUAAAAUAAAUAAUAAAAAAGAUAAAUGAAACCAACCAACAAAUUACUGAGCAAUAAAUAAAUGCAUAAAUAAAAAAAAAAGAAUAAUAAUUAUCCCUUAACUUGUUUUAUAAAUAAUCAGAAAUUAUAAAAACGUAAGAAAUACCAUCUACAAGCUCUAGAUAGCUCUAGAUAUGCGAACGGUCCAAAUGUUGUCAGAAUUAUGUCAAGCUUUUAAAUACGUAUGUUAAUCUCAGAUGUGCGGAAUUACUAAAGGUUUACUCAGUAUUUCAGGUAGUAUCAAUGUUACUGUUUAUUUUUGCAUAAAGAUACUGUUAAAUAGUGUGUUACAGUAUUAAAUAGAGAGUCCGUUUAUUAAAUGUUCAUUCGUUGUCUUGCAGAACAACGUGAACAGGGACCAGUUUGUGCAGGAUCCAGCUCUGUUGAGAGAAAGAGCUGAAGCCAGAAGAGCUGCCAUGCAACAAAGGAAAGGGUAAGAGCCACCUUCACUCUGUUCAGUGCGGUUUCACAUGAUUCUCUGUGAUUUCCUCCUUUUGUCUCACUCUGAAUGGAUUCAUCGAGUCUGAUUAAAGUGAGGGAUUUGCUUUUUAGCUUGCAACCAAACCAGUUCAUUCAAGUAUUUAUCUCUGAUUAUCAGUUUUUCAGGGAAUUUAUCCAAAUGUAACAAAAAUGAAAUCAGCCUCUGUUUCAAAAAUGACUCCCUGAGGGUUACAAGCUUCUCCCGAACCCCUCUCUUGACCUCCAGGUACAAACCUGAGCGUACCAGUAACGUGGUGGGCCAGCCCAAAGGCCAAGGACAAACCCUGGAGACAUUCCUGGACCGGCGCAAGAAGGAGGCCAACAAGAGCCGUGUGUCGAACCACAACCGCCGCACCAUGGCCGACCGCAAGAGGAACAAAGGCAUGAUCCCCUCCUGACCUGAGUGACGAACAGCUGCUCUAAACCAAAACAGACUGACGGUAGGAGGGAGGAAGGGAAAGUAGGAAGGUGUGGGUCAGUGAGAGGAAAGAAAGACGGAGCUGGAGUUAUUUGUCCUAACUAUCUCACUCUUUCCACAGGGAUGCCAUCCCUCCUCAGAAAAGAAAUCUUCAGGUUUCAGUCGGUGUUCAAAAGUUGAAUCAGUUAUCAGCCUAUUUUGGCGUUUUGUGAAGUUGCCAGCAGCCUGUGAGAAAGUUUGAGACUGAACAUCUAGUUUUAUUGUUUGAGCCUAAAAGCUGUUUAAGUCUUCGGCUCCAGUAAUUUUCUUUUGAAGCAAAGUAAGAAAAACCAAAAGUCCUGAGUGAGAUUCAGCGACUGAGGACAAAGAAUAACACCUUUUAUUUUGCCAAGUAACAAAUCACUUUAUUAUCAAGAUCCAGAGUGAUCGGAGAGGUUUCUUUGACAUCAUCAUCUUUAAAUAGACACAUAGGAAUAAAAGGAAGAGAAAUCCAGCGUUUCAACAGAGUCUGAGGUUUCUCACGUAGCUGGAAGAUCAAUUACUGACCUGGUGAUCAACUCUGAGUAACGCUCUUUCUGCUCAUCCUGGACGAGUAGCUUAUGUGAAGGCUGCCUUGCAUGUAACGUUCAAGUGCAUGCAUGCGAUGUCAUUCACCAGAUUCAGCCUCAUGAAAACAAAACGAGUCGAGAGAGAGAAAUACGACUCUUAUCUCAUAUUGAUGAUGCCACUGUGCUCGUGUAUGGAAGCACGUGCUGAAGAGGAGGGAGAGCUUCCUCCUCCUCCUCCAUGUUCCCAUGCACACACACACUAUUUUCUAUGAAGAGAACACGUCUAUCAGAGCAUUUUGUAACAAAAACAAAUACACUUGUAAUUGCUUUUUGGAGUUGACAUUGCAAAAAGAACAUAAAUAAAUAUGUUUUGACAUCUUUUGA